CCGGACAGGGGGCGGGGCCGCGGCGUCUGCAGAACCUUGGACAGAAGCUCCGGAGCUGCCGCCGCCGCCGAGCGCGAGCCCUGUCGAGCGCCGGGACAGUGGUGCCGAGCCGCGGCGCGCAUUGCGGAGGGCGCGGAGCGCAGGAGCCGCCGCCUGUGGGAUCCGAAGGGGCAGCACGCGUCCCGGGAGCGCCCCCGCCUCCUCCCCGGGGCCGCCGCGGGCUCGGUGAGCUGGUUUUUCCCUUCCGCCGGCAGGCUGGGCGCGCAGGGGCGCGGGCCCCAGCCCGGCGCGCAGCGGCACCAUGGGCACGGUGCUGUCCCUGUCCCCCAGCUACCGGAAGGCCACGCUGUUUGAGGAUGGCGCGGCCACCGUGGGCCACUACACGGCCGUGCAGAACAGCAAGAACGCCAAGGACAAGAACCUGAAGCGCCACUCCAUCAUCUCCGUGCUGCCUUGGAAGAGGAUCGUGGCCGUGUCGGCCAAGAAGAAGAACAGCAAGAAGGUGCAGCCCAACAGCAGCUACCAGAACAACAUCACGCACCUCAACAAUGAGAACCUGAAGAAGUCACUGUCGUGCGCCAACCUGUCCACGUUUGCCCAGCCCCCACCGGCCCAGCCGCCUGCACCCCCUGCCAGCCAGCUCUCCGGCUCCCAGACUGGGGUCUCCUCCUCUGUCAAGAAGGCCCCGCACCCUGCUGUCACCUCCGCAGGGACGCCCAAACGGGUCAUCGUCCAGGCGUCCACCAGUGAGCUGCUGCGCUGCCUGGGCGAGUUCCUCUGCCGCCGGUGCUACCGCCUGAAGCACCUGUCCCCCACGGACCCUGUGCUCUGGCUGCGCAGCGUGGACCGCUCGCUGCUUCUGCAGGGCUGGCAGGACCAGGGCUUCAUUACGCCUGCCAACGUGGUCUUCCUCUACAUGCUCUGCAGGGAUGUAAUCUCCUCUGAGGUGGGCUCCGACCAUGAGCUCCAGGCCGUCCUGCUGACCUGCCUAUACCUCUCCUACUCCUACAUGGGCAAUGAGAUCUCCUAUCCGCUCAAGCCCUUUCUGGUGGAGAGCUGCAAGGAGGCCUUUUGGGACCGCUGCCUCUCUGUCAUCAACCUCAUGAGCUCCAAGAUGCUGCAGAUUAACGCUGACCCACACUACUUCACACAGGUGUUCUCCGACCUGAAGAAUGAGAGUGGCCAGGAGGACAAGAAGCGGCUCCUCCUAGGGCUCGAUCGGUGAGCCCUGUAGCCCACAUCCUGGCUCAAGGAUUCAAUUGAUUUUUAAAAAUUUAUUAUUAAAGCAGAUUUUGUGUACAGUAUGUGUCUAGCAAAGCCACCGGGGUUUCUCCCUUCCCACCUUCUCUCCUUGGGGCUUUCUUCAGUCCUGCAGAGAACUCUGGGCGCUUUUGAACUCCCAAACCUCGUGCAAAACCCAGAAGAUGUGUUCAGAGCCACCCAGGCCACUGGUCUCUCAUUUGGAGAAAUUCAAAGGACUGCCCUGCCUCUGUGGCCUGUGCCCUUGCUGGACCAGGGCAGGUGAGGCUGCCCGCUGCUCCUUGCAUGGGAGCUGGAGAGGGGCCCCUGCCAGUUGGCCCAAGGAGGAAUUGGCAUUUCUGGUUGGAGGCCCUUUUCUGGCUCCUGUUUUGGGUCAUCCAUCCAUUCUCUCGGUGGCUACUGAUCCGGCCACCCUGACUGAGCCACGAGGGGGGCUGUGAGGCAAGAUGCCCACCGCCCUAGGAAAACCUCUUCAAUCGAGGAGAAACCGGCUUGGUACAAAAAGAUUGUGUCCUGUCGUAGGACAUGCAGGACUGGGUUUGCUCUUUUUCUUUUCUAGGGAGGAGGACUUUCCUUCAGCAGAAACAUGGAACUGACCCCCAACCCCCUUGCCUCUGCUCCCAGCCCUGUUGGUAGUGUUGGUUAAGGAGCUGGUUUGACCCGUUAAGUUCUUUUCAUUUUGGGUUCCAGCUAAAGGGGUGGGGUGAAGCUGGGGACAACCUCCCUGGGUGAGUUUUUGUUUGAAUUAAUGCAGCUCACCCUGUGGCAGAGGCCAGGAGAGCUGCAGGUGCCCGUGGAUCAACAGCCUGCCUUGUGGGCAGGUGGGGCUGCCAUGCCUGAGACCAGGCCGGGGCCCACCUAGGGGCUAAGGCCCCUUGCUGGUGGCAUACAUGAUAGGUCUGGCAAAGUUGGUGGGAUCAGGGUGAUGUGAUGAUGAACCCCUCCCUGCUCCCCCCACCCCCCCUUAACUUAAAGCUGUUUCCACACAGUUCAGUUUUUUUCUGAAGAGGAAGCCUUGCCCUGUGAGGCCCAGCAAGACAGCUGGAUCUUGGAGACAAUUACACGAUGGGACUAGAACUCCUGAUGGCUUUGGAAGCCUGCUGAUUCUCCAGCUGAUCAUUUGCAGCUGCUGGUUGGGUUUCCGCCUUACCCUAGUGGCUGUAAAAACACAUGAUGUGUACUUAAUCAAUUUUCUUUCUAAUUUUCCCAGAUUUGUGGCUUGGGACUUGGGAGAGGACCAAGAGAAGGGAGCAAGUCUUCCUCCAUGGCCCAUCACUCUGGCUUUGGGAACAAAGACCAUCGGGAACAUGCUACAGAGAAUUCUCUCCUCCGGUCCCAAUCCCCGAGGGAGGCUGGAAGAGGGGCUUGGGGAAGCAGAGGGUCUCUUUACGUAGGAUUAGGUUCCAGGUGGCUGCUGAUUUGAGCACAAGCACUACUGAAAUUCACAUAAAUGGGAGAAAGCUGUGAAAUUGAGGUCCCGGUUUAAGAGGCCUGGAGCAGAGCCCGCCAUCCGUGCUGCUCCGGAUAUGCGGGAGAGGGCCUACCCCUGCGGGAAAGCGUUUGCCCUGCUGCGCCCCGCGUCCCUCGCUGAGCCAUUCCCGGACUUCCAGAUGAUCUGAUGCGGAGCUGGAAGGAACCCGCGGCUGCUGCACAGACUUCCCUGCAGCACCUCUCCUCUGCUGGAGUUGUCACAGCCUGUGCGCUCAGAUCCUGCCGCCAUGUGUGACCUGAGGUAGGAGGCCCGUGGGGGCAGCAGCAAGAGGGAGGUUCUGGUGCUGCGUCUCAAGAGGGGGGCGCGCGUGUGGUCACCCAUUUGGCCAUUCGGCCGGCUAAACCUGGCCCGAAACCAUUCAGUUGCAUCCACAGGAUUCCAGUUUUGUGUGUUUCCUUCUCUUUCUCCAUAUUUAUUUUUUUAUUCCUUGGAGGAGGUGCAAAUUUCCGGAGUGGUUGGGGGCUGAGGAAGUAGCUCUAGUUCAGUCAGUGUGAAGCCUGUCGUGGGCUCCUCCGCGCCCUUGCACUGGUCAUCAGUAUUGUGUAAAGGAACCGAGAUACUUGAGUGUGCAAGCAAUGAACCCAUUUGACAUGCUGCUAUGAAGACUACUUUUAGGACAAUUAAAAAAAAAAAAGAAAAAAACUAACCUACAAAAAAAGAAAACCUACCCCUUAUUCUUUAAUUGUU